GGACUACUUUGGUCAAAGGAUGAAAAGUACUUGUGCGAGUUCAAGAACAGCAUCUCGGAGAGUUUAUAUUGCAACAAUAAAGCACUGCUGAUGAGAGAAGAUGCAUGAUGUUUAAAAUUACUAGCAGUCACUGGAAGUGUUGUUGUCCGCAACUCUGUAGGAAAUAUGGCACUUUCCCUGGAGAGAAACAUAGUAGAUCAGGGUGUGCAGUUAUAGGGCAGCAAGUCCAUAAUGUUGUUCUCCUUCAUUAGCCUGGAUUUGGUGCCAUUAAUAUUUUAACUAAAUUCUGGAUGCGUGAUACCUGUGUUCAGCUACUCCAAAGGAUGGAACAAACUAAAAGUGACUUACAGAUGGUUUGGAGGGAGAUGGAAGAUGAAAGAGUGGACUUUAUAUUUGAGCAGAUGCAAAACCUGUUGCUGUCCCUGAAACAAAAGAUCAAAGAUGGAAGUGCAACAAGCAAAGAGUGCUUCCAAGCUUGCAUGCUGUUGAAAGAGGCUAAUUUAAGCAAUCUUUUCACAUCAACAAAUGUAAAUGAUGUGACUGAUGAAGAUAUCAUGGAGAAAAGUGAAUUUAGAUUACAGCUGUCUGAAUCUAAUGGAAAUAGAACAGGUUCAGAAGACAACUCUCUCUUGAACAUGGAAGAGAAGGAAAAGUCAUGUUCAGAGAAUGAAGAGGCAGCUAAUGAAAUCAUGGAAUUACCUUUAACAUUGCCUUAUCAGAAUCACAAUUGCUCUACUGUGUGUCUUGCCAACAGACCACUGACCUCCUACAAGAGUGAAAACCCCCUUAAGAUACCAAUUCUGUGUCAGUUCCAAAGACGACACGCAAAAGCAGACUGUCUUUCCAAGUCACAUGAUGUGAAUUAUAAAGCCCCCUGUGGGAGAAGUCUGAGAAAUUUUGAAGAGGUGCAGAAUUACCUGCUUGAAACGGAGUGUGACUUUUUAUCUGUUGAUCACUUUUCCUUCAACACAUAUGUACAGCUGGGCAGGAACACUGUAAACCGAGAACCACUUGUAUUUGAUUUUGAUAUCAGCAAUGGAGCUGAGGUGGUGCCCAUUUCCUUCUGCAAUGACAUUGACCGUACAAGAUUACCCUUCUUUAAAUACAGGAAGGCAUCAUGGCCACGUGGAUACUAUCUGAACAACUUUUCCAGCACGUUUGUUGAUUCAUGUGACUGUACAGAUGGCUGCACAGAUAGGUUAAAAUGUGCAUGCCUACAGCUGACUGCAAGAGGCUUUAGUGAAAGUUCCAUGUUGCCAAAUAAAGCACUUUGUGGAUAUAAGUAUAAAAGACUGGAGAUGCCCAUUACUAGUGGAAUUUACGAAUGUAACGUAUCAUGCAAGUGUAACCGAAUGUUGUGUCAGAACAGAGUAGUACAGCAUGGCAUCCAGGUUCGGUUACAGGUGUUUAACACAGAAAAGAAAGGCUGGGGAGUCCGCUGCCUUGAUGAUAUUGACAAAGGAACAUUUGUUUGCACUUACUCAGGCAGGCUGAUGAGCAGAGCUGAAUCUCAGGAAACAGGCAAUGCUAAUCAUGAGGAUAAUGAACAAGAUGCCAAGAGUGGCAGAAGUCACAGCUCACUUCCAAAGAAAAGAAGAGGGGAUGUUGCUUGUUCAGAUUCUGAGAUUGAGGUUGUGCAGACUGGUAAAGGUGCUCUUCAUGUGGAGUAUGAACCUUUGACUCAACCUGCAGAUGCUGAAAACAAACCACCUGAGGAUGAAAUACAAGGAGCCACUGGGAAACUUGUUCCAUACAACAGGAGCUACAAGAGAGAAGGAUUUUAUACCAACAUGGUCAAGAUAUGUGGAAGGGCACAGUGGGGAGUAGAAAGAAAAGGUCUGUUAUGUAUCCUGAAGCAAGUCAUGACUGAUAAAGAGGGAUCCUGGUUUUCCCUGACAAAAAAAUCGCAAGGAGUUGAUACACUGGUGCACGAUGCCACCUCAGAUGAAGAUAGCUCUUUAUCCCAGCAGUCAACCAAAUUGAAACCAACCACCGGAACCAAGAGAAGAAAAGGAAAACUAAACCUGCAACAGGAGCUAGAGGAUCUGGAGGAAACCAUGCAGGUUGAAUCCACUGUCAGCCUUGGUGCAAAGUGUAAAGAGGGGACAUCUCCACAGGAUCUUGCACAUGGUAAAUUGGUCACGCAAGGUGAUGCUUAUGCUGUGAAAAAGGACAAGGCCCUACUCCAUAAGAGUGAUUUCAAAGAAGAAAACUUUAAGAGCUCCAAACAAGAUCCUUUUUGUCAUGAGAUGCUUAGGAAGAAUUCUGAUCAAGAAAACAUUUAUUUGUUGGAUGCGACAAAAGAAGGAAAUGGUCAGGGGAAGCGGCUCAGCCCACCCAGCCCGGCCGCCGAAGGCAGCGGGGCCUGGCAGCGGGCGGGGCCACGAUGCAGAGCCCGCGGCUUCCAUAGCACCUACGGAGCACGCUCAGAUAGCUGGCGCAUGCGCGGCGCCUGCGGACGAGCUCUGCCCCCCUUGAGCACGCCCACUUCCGUGUCUCCGCGCCCCUUGCUCGCCGCUUGGGAGCGGCGGUUGGUAGUCCCGUGUCCUGUCUGGACGGAAGCGCGGGGAGUGAAUGGUUUCGUCCGCCCCGCAGUGACUUCCCAGAUAAUGGCGAAGAUGGUAAGAAGAAGGUGUGCGUUUUGUCCCGAGGGUGAGGAAAGUUCUAUAAUGUACAUCUCGGAGGAGCAAAACCUUGCAGUUCAUCAAGACUGUUUGCUAUAUUCCUCAGGAUUUGUGGAAUCUGAAGAGUACAACCCACAUAAUCUUGAUAUAAGGUUUGAUGUAGCUUCAGUAUUGAGUGAAAUCAAGAGAGGAAAGCGGCUGAUGUGCAACUUCUGUCGCAAAAAAGGAGCUACUGUAGGCUGUGAGGAAAGAGCCUGUCGCCGAAGUUACCACUACUUUUGUGCACGGUGCGAUGAUGCAGCAAUAGAAACUGAUGAAGUAAAAGGAAUUUACCGGGUGUUCUGUCCAAAACAUGACCCAGGCAAUAGGAACAAUCACUAUGGCAAGGUCAGCUCCCAGACUACUGCACUGGACAGCACAGUUUGGGGAGGAGAUGCAGUCAGUAGGAGGAGAAGGCAGUCGAUACCUUCCACCAUCAGGGAAGCAAUGAGCACAGAGGAAACGGCAGAAGAGAAUAGCUUACGAGUUCUAAGGAACAAUAACAGACACAAAGUAAGAAUAGAUUUUCUUCGGAAGUGCAAGCAGGCCGGGCUUCUGGACGAUAUAUUCGAAGCGAUGCUUGACACACUUCACCUUGCACAGGAAAAACUCAUGGAUGAUAACACUUCAGAAACAGAGUAUGAGGAAACUGUAACAUCACUUUUUGAAUGUGGCCUGUUUGAAAACAUACUUACAAAUGCUCAUUCAGGGACAGAAGAAAAGAUUCAGGAACUUCUUGAAACCCGGAAAAGGCUGGAUACUCAGAUUGAACUGCUGCAAGAGUUAAAAGAAGAAGUAGUCCUUCCUGUUCAGGAAAACAGAGCCAGUGCAUCUAGUUCAGUGUCUGAAUAGCCAUGAAGUCUUAUAGUAGUGGCUUCAAUCAAGACUUUGUUUUUUAAGUGACAGAAGUUACCGGGACCAUGACAGGGAUACUAGCAAAAACUGGGUGAUUUACUUUAUUAUCAUUUUUUCUUUAAAUACCUCACUGUUGCAAUAACAUUUUUGUUGUCCCUUUAAUUUUUGCUGUGGCUCAAUGAGUUUCUUUCUUUUUAAAAAAGAAAAGUAAGAAAGCAAGCAAGUGAAAACAAAAAAAGAUCCAUAAAAAGAUUUUUUAUUUGUAAAAGCUCUGGCCUGGAGCCUCUUAACAAUUAGCUGCUAUAGACCACUCUUCACAGUCAUUAUGGCAGCCUCCCUUCAGACCACGUAUCACUGAUUUUUUGCUGUCUGCUUAUAGACAGGGAACAAUGAGAUUAAGUUGUUUUAAAGACUAUUUUGCUGCUUUGGCUUCCAAAGAGGGAAUAUUAGCAAAACUUGCACUUGAAGAAGCAUUUUGAAUCAUAAAUAGGAGUUUUUAUUAAAUGUUUUCCUCAAUUUACAGUGUUAAUGUUUAAGUAGUAGUUUAUAACUUCAGUGCUGAGAGAUUGUGUCAGUCAUUUGCAGACUGCCAAGGAUAGCUGGCUCUUAUUCACUGACAGACCUGUAUAGUUUAAGACUAUGUCAAAUAACACGUUAUCAUCCUUUAUGAAUUCGGAACACUUUUGGCAUCCAUGUGUUUAGUCUUAAACUUUCCUAUAUUAAAAUGGUUUGAUUACAGAAAAAGUCACUGUUUAGCUACAAAACGGGGGGAAAAAAAAUGGAAAAAACUUGACAAUAAAGUGUUUUUGUAAAACA